AGUUCAGUGUUGCAUGAUGUAAUUGUGACUACCUACGACUAUAAAAUAUGGCAUUUCUACGGACAACAGCACAUAGUCAGAUUAAAAGCACCCCAAAGUAUCUUUCUGUAGAGUCAUGGAUUAUCAUUUCAGUUUUUGCGUCUUUUAUUGGGUAUUCUUUGCUGUUUGUUUGGUGAAAUGUUGGCCAUUGAACCACGACAAUAAAAUGGCCACUCCGUCUACAAAAGAAGUCCCUGUAUCGGAGCAGAUGUUAUUCAGGAACUUCAUGGACGCGCUCGACAGAUUAGAUUAUGAUGAAUAUUCUGACAUUUCAUUUCAUCCAAUCGAAAUCUUAAACGGUGAGUUUGAAUUCGAUAGCAGCGAACUCCAGGCUGACCAUGACGUCACAGGGGUGGAUCUUAUCAUGAAGUUAUCUACAAAUUACUCCUGUCGGUUUGUCUGGGCGGGAAAUGAUAUCAAAGUAGAAUUACGUGGAAAACGCAUCAACAGCUUUGUUCUCUUUGAUUUUGAUCACCUGUUAGUAAUGGAGCGCUCCUCUGAACUGAUUAAAAUUCGAUUGUUGCCAUCACUUAACUGUCCCCUUCAAAACCAACCGACAAACUCGUUUUUGGUGAUCUACAGGAACUUAUCAAAAGGUCCUUUGCUUCAGAAUUUACAGGAGUUGAGAAUUUCAAGAAUUAAACGAGAUUCAAAUACAUUACCUCCGAUAUUUUCUAAGGACACUUAUAAGCGUAAAAAUAAAAUAAAAUCCAGCAUCAAAGAUCCCGGGUGUCACCUCGUUCCUUGGACCGUGGACUUUACCAGGUUGCAGUGGGAUACAUUUAUCGUUGCUCCGGUUAGGUAUGAGGCCAACGCUUGUCAAAGGACAAGUGCCAAAUGUUUAGAAACACAAAAAUGCAGCUUACCUUCAAAGAAACAUUCAAAUUAUGAAUAUCUGAGACAGAUCUACAGUACAAAACUUGGUGUUUCACCACCUGGGAACAGUUCUUGCAAACCAUCUAAAUACAGAUCACUGACCAUGCUGUUAAUAGAACCUAAGAAAUUCCGUGUAGAAUUGAGAACCCUGCCUAACAUGCAGGUGGUGGAGUGUGAGUGUGCUUGAAUUGACCGGCGUUUUACUAACAUAAUGUUAAGAGGAAGAAACUCUACUUUACUAUGAUUUUA